CCAUAUCUUCUAAUUUUCUUUGAUAUCAAACAAAAAAAACUUUUUUUUGUACAACAUAAAGAAGAGAAAGUAAAAUACGAUGAGAAGAGUUAGUUGGUCUACUGUUUUGAUUGUGGUUGUGAUGGUGGCGUUGUUUUUCGUAGAACACGUAGUGGUUCCGGCUGCGGCGGGGAGGGUUCUUACGGAAAAAUCGGGAGAUGGAAGUGAGACGAUGACGGUGGAGAAGAUGAAGUCGACGGUGGAUUCUUGGUUUCAGCGUUUGGCGUCGGGUCCGAGUCCAAGAGGCCGCGGCCAUUGAAUUUCCCUUUCUUUUUCUAUUCUUCUGGCCUGAGGAGAUUAAUUAAUCUCGAUAUACCCAUGUGUAUACCACAACAAACGGUGAAAAUUGUAUUCCAUUCAUUUGUUUCAUUAUUUUUUUUUUCUUUAGACAAAGUUCAUAUAUCUAGUGACAGAAACUAAAACCCUCAAUAUACAAUUAUACAUGUACAUGAUUAUACUUUUGUUGGUUGCUAAUUUUAAUAAGAUUUCAUACUUCUGGUUUA